AGUACACCAACCGAACCUACCUGCGAAACUGCGGAGCCUGCUUGUGCUUCUUUCGCUCGCUGCUGCCUAGUCAAUGAACCGAAGCAUUCUUUGUACACUGCUGUAGCAAUUCGUGUGACUGCAGAAAGGUGAUACCGCCUAAGAGUGUGAAAUUGUACGUUUGUGGUUGAACGCUGACGUUUCUCUCCUAAAAACCAAAAAGAAAACGUAGUUCAACUUCCACUCUUCUCAUCAUGUCAUCCCACCCGCUAAACAUGCUGUACAUCUACGAUGACGGCCGCGCGGCGGCGCACAACCCGGCCAACGAGCUCGCGCUGGAGGAGGACACGAGUGGGUCGAAGGUGCUCCUCAUAAACAUGCGCAGCUACCAGUCCGACCUGCUCGAGCAAGAACAGCAGAGUGUCGUAGACCGGUGCAGCUUCUUUGUCGACAUCCUAGAUCGCAACGAGGAUCUGCGCAAGCGAGGCGUGCCUCCCUUUGACGUAGAGCAGGUGAACUCGCUGAAGCUGUCGGCGGACCACACACCCGAAGACUGGAUGCAGCUGGCGCAGUUAAUUCGCUUGAAAUAUCAUGAAUACCGCGGCUUUGUAGUGGAAAGCGGCUCGGACAACAUGGUGUCCACCGCGACGGCCCUCAGCUUUCUGCUGGAGAAUCUUGGCAAGCCGGUCAUCUUCACUGGCUCUCUUAUCCCUGGCAAUCGGAUCUACACGGACAUGAAGCGCAACAUCAUUCUAGCCCUGCUCUUUGCCAGCUGCAGUCAGGUGUGCGAAGUGUGCAUCCUAUUUGACGAGAUGCUGUUCCGCGCAAAUCGCGCCAUUAAAGUGAACCGCAGCAACCUGCGCCCCUUUGACUCGCCGCACUUCCCACCCAUCGCCACCAUGCAGGGCGGGUCGUUGGCGAUUCACCGACCGCUACUCCUGCCUCACCCUACGGGGCGCCUGCGCGUGUGCGCGCAGCUCAACGUGAAGGUGCUGACGCUGGAGCUGGGACCUGGGGCACCUUCUGAGUCGUUUCUGGUUGCUGUUGAGAAGACGGCGGCAUCGGCUGUUGUGCUGCGUUGCUACGGCAGCGGCAACGCGCCUACGCGCAACGGGUUUAUGAAGCGGCUGUUGGCGCUGGCAAGGAAACGCGAUUUGGUAGUGGCCAUUUGCACGCAGAACCGCUACGGCGCCGUCAACCUUGCCGAGUACGAGGCGGGGCGUCAGUUGAUGGAGGCGGGGGCGAUCGGUGCGGGCGACAUGACGCAGGAAACAACGGCGAUUAAAUUGAAGUAUCUCUUUGGACUUGGGAUGUCGCCGGCGCAGGUGCGCAGCUCUUUCUUGACGCCUCUUCGUGGAGAAGUAUCGCCACCUGGCUCCAAGUUGUAA